AUGAGAAACGUAGCGGCCCCCGUCAUCGUCCUGCUCGCCUCCCUAGCGGGUGGCGCAGUCGAUGCACAGAGCAAAAAGCACGCCCGUUCUUCUGCCCCUGCACCGGCAGUCCCCGAAUUCAAGCCAGCUAGUAUUGUUCCCCCACCGGUCGAGGUGCCUAGACCUCUUCUGGUAGAGGAGGAGUGCUUUGAAGUUCCGUUCAGCGUCGAAAAGACCUGCUAUCGGGACGAGGUUGUGUCACGCCCAUCCAGCUGUCCAGCCCCCACCAGCCACGAAUUUUGUACUGUGUCACAGCAAGAUGCAGAGGGCCGGUGUUUCCGCCUCAUAGAAAAGGAGGUUCAAUUCGAGUGCCCAAAGGCUUCGCAGCAGAAGCUCUGUGCCAGGGUUCCCAAGACGGUCAAGAAGAGUUGCAGCAUUCAAGUGGAGGAGAAGUUUGCCACAACUUGCCCGAAGCAGAUUGCCGUGCCUAAGUGUGAGAUCGUGGCAAAGCCAGUGGAAGGCACUUGCAUCGACUAUGAGUCUUACAAGCAAGAGUACGAGUGCUGGGGAAGCGAGACCACAAUGGAAUGCACCGUGGAGAUGAAUGUCACCGCCCACAAGUGCAACCGCGAAGUAAAGUCGCCUGAAGAAUACGCGUACGAGGAGGUCGUCAACGAGCGCCACUGCAACAAACGCAGCGCUAUCGACCAGGGCAAGUGUGUUCGCAGCAUUCUCACGGAGGAGCAGUACCCCUGCAACGAGCAGAAGUGGGAGAAGAGAUGCUCCGACGUAAAGAAGGUUGUGCAAGAGCCCUGCGAGAAGGAAGUCAAGGGCGUUGAAAGCUAUGAUUGCAGUGAAAUCAAGGUUCAACAAGUCCCGAAGACAUGUACCCGCCGAGUGCCCCGCAAGGCGCUGGUCGAAAGGUGCGGCGAUUUUAAAAAGAAGGGCAGACUUCUCGCCGGUAAGAAAAGCAAGUGCAAAAUGGUGGAAGUCGACACUGAAGAGAUUGAGACCUACCCUUGCACCGAAGACGUACAUAUCUCCGUUCCGAAAGUCUGCACCCGCGAGAUUUCGCGUACGCAGCACCUCAUGUGCCCGCGUGAGGUGCCCGACAUUCAGUGCGACAUGGAACUCAUUGAUAUUCCCAAAAACUGCAUCCGCCAAGUUACAAAAGAGGAGGAGGUGCCGUGCUCUGCCGUGCAUCAUUUCAAUGAAUGCGAGGACGUCCCUCGCAAGGUACCCCGCAAGGGCUACCGUUUUGGCGUCCGCCAAGAAACCUUCGACUGCCCCCGGCACGAGUUCUUCGAAAAAUGCCAUGAGAUCAAAAAGCCUCGAAGAAGCACCUGCGUCGCUACUCUGUUCCGGCAUGUGGAAAAGCCUUGCGAGCACCACGAGUUCGAGGAGCUCUGUCACGAUGAGGAGCAGACCGUUGACACCCCGUGCAUCGAUUCGCGCCUCAUCGAUAUCGACUAUCCUUGCCCCGAGCAGAUCGAAGAGGAGCACUGCGUCAACGUGCCAGCCUACGAAAUGGGCACCUGCACCACAGUCAUCCAGGAGAGCGAGGAAUACCCCUGCCCCAAGCGCGAGCCGAAGAUCCGUUGCAAGGACGUUCGAGGAGAACGCAGCGCCACCUGCUUUAAGCCCGAGACUACUCGGGUUCCCUACACGUGCUAUGAGGUCGAUUUUAAGGAGCAGUGCGUGCAGCUCGCCACUACUGAGGCACCCCCCGCCCCUGUGAAGCCGGCCAAAAAGUAG